AUGACAGAUCAUAACUAUGAAGCUAGCAAUCUGCCUUCAGGUCCUGAAAUCUACUGCUACUCAUCAGCUAUAUAUUUUAACAGAAAUAUCUACUUCUUUGGAGGUUACGUCCAUGGUUUAUGUCGUACAACAUCUCUUAAAUUUGAUUUAGAUAGAAAUAAAUGAAUUGGAUUAACUCCAUUGCCAGAACCUGAUCAAUCUUGCCAUAGUAUAAUAGUCAAUAGAAAUAUUUUGAUUUCUGGAUUACGCAAUAGACAUCUUUUGCAUUAUUCAAUUGAUAAUAACUCUUUUACAGUAAUGCCUCAUAAAUUUGCAGCGGAUAAAAGAAAAAUCCUUAUCAAUGUAGGGAAGUUGUAUUUAAUUGAGUGUGAUGAUGGGCAUAUAUAUGAAAGCUAUUAUAUAGACGAAUAUGGAAGCGAUUUGAGUGGCGAACUGGCUUGGAGAGUAAUAGGGAAAUCGAUAAUCAAUAUUUCUCCUCUUCAAGUUUAUUAUACUUAUAAUAAAGGCGCAAUUUAUAUCGCAACAGACUUGGACCAAAGAUAUUACAAGUUUGAUUUAAAUCUAAAAAAAUUGACGAGGCUUUAA